UGUCCCAGCCCAGCCCCCUGAACCUGAGGCUCUACCUACUAUUUAUGUCAUUACCCCCACCUAUGCCAGGGUCUCUCUCUAUAGUCCUGGCUGUCCUGGAACUUGAUAUGUAGACCAGGCUUGCCUCAAACUUCAAAGAGAUCUGCCUGCCUCUACCACCCAAGUGCUGGGAUUAAAGGUAUCCAUCACUCUGCCCCUCGUUUGUUUCAUUUCUUUAUUUGUUUAUUUAUUUAUGUUGUUUCUUCAAGACAAGGUUUCUCUGUGUAUCCUUGGCUUUCUUAGAACUCUCUGUAGAUCAGGCUGGCUUUAAACUCACAGAGAUCCACCUGCCUCUGCCUCCCCAGUGCUGGGAUUAAAGGUGUGCACCACCACUGCCCGGCUUAUGCCCAUCUUCUUAAACCACUUUUCCUUCUGAGUAAACUUGAUGCAUAGAUUAAACCAUUUCCCAGCAUAUUUCACUUGAUAAAACAGCGUGCAGGAUGUGGUACCCCAUACAGAGAUAGGAGGAGCAGGAGUGCAAGGCCAUCCUCACCAGCACGUGGAGUUUGGGGCCUUAACAACAUAAGACUCUAUUGAAAACUAGAACAAAAUACAAAAUUAUUCAGACCCGGAUCCAUCUGAUUCCAAAUCAUGUGCCCUAUAGUCUUGGCCCAGUCUGAGUCCUGAGGUUGAAGUGGGUAAUGACCUGGUCUGGAAAGGCAGGGCAGGUGAACAUCUGCAUGAAGUUGACAGUUAAGGUAGAGGGAGGCAACGUGGCAGUGUCUUGAUGCUCGUGUGAAUACCCGAAGCCCUGGGUUCUGUCCUAAAUAACACGUGCCCACAUGCAGAGCUUAGGCACUGGUGGAGAAAAAGCCAGGAGAGAUGAUAACUGGCCAGGAGCAGCUGUCAUCCUAAGUGCUGUGGGCCAAGGCUGCCUGGCCCCUUCCUUCCUGCAUCUCUCCCCCUGCAGGUUGGUACAGAAGGCAGAGCUGGUUCGGCUGUCGCAGACCCUGAGCCUGGUGCCCCGUGUACACUGGGUGCUGGUGGAGGAUGCUGAGAGCCCUACCCCGCUGGUCUCGGGGCUGCUGGCUGCCUCUGGUCUCCUCUUCACACACCUGGCUGUCCUAACCCCCAAGGCUCAGCGACUUAGGGAAGGUGAGCCAGGAUGGGUUCGGCCCCGAGGAGUAGAACAGCGCAACAAGGCCCUGGACUGGCUCCGAGGCAGAGGGGGUGCUGUUGGUGGGGAGAAAGACCCACCACCCCCAGGAACCCAGGGAGUCGUGUAUUUUGCUGACGAUGACAACACCUACAGCCGGGAGCUCUUUAAGGAGAUGCGUUGGACUCGUGGUGUUUCAGUGUGGCCUGUGGGGCUGGUGGGCGGCCUGCGAUUUGAGGGUCCUCAGGUACAGGAUGGCCGGGUUGUGGGUUUCCACACAGCAUGGGAACCCACCAGGCCCUUUCCCCUGGACAUGGCGGGCUUUGCUGUUGCCCUGCCCUUGCUGUUGGCUAAGCCCAAUGCCCAGUUUGAUGCUACUGCACCCCGGGGCUACCUGGAGAGUAGUCUCCUGAGCCAUCUCGUGGAUCCCAAGGACCUGGAGCCACGGGCUGCCAACUGUACUCAGGUACUAGUAUGGCACACACGGACAGAGAAACCUAAGAUGAAGCAGGAGGAGCAGCUGCAGCGGCAGGGCCAGGGCUCAGACCCAGCCAUUGAGGUGUGAUGGCAGCUUCAUCCUGACUUCUACUUAUUUUAGGCACAUACCUUGUGGGACUGGGCUCCAGGCCAAUCCAGGAUGUGGGUUUUUUUUUUUUUUUAAAAAAAGACCUGACCCCUUAGAACCAGAGGCAGCCCCUCCAACCACAGGGUGUGGCCCAGCUGCUUCCCUCCCUUCCCCCAGCCUGCCAUGUGGCACUGCCCACAGGCUAGGGACAAGCAGCUGUUGUAUUGAGCCAGGUCAGCCCCAUCUGGGGUGGAGCAGGACAGAUGGACUCAGGAGGGAGGGUGGUUAAGGGAACUGGGUAACUUAUUGGGGACAAGCAUGCACUGGGGGGCUAGAGGAGCUGGGCUGGACCCUCCCCACCUGAGCAUGCGGAUCCCCUUCCUACCUCUAGAAUAAAGAAUCUCAACCUGGA